AUGGAACAGAUUCAGGAACAAAUGGCUCAGAUGAGAGCUCAAUUGACAGAGCAGAUGAAUGCGCAGAUGGCGCAAUUUAUGGAAGCAUUGACUAAUGUGACCAAGGGGCAGGAUGACUUGCGAGUUCUCGUCGAGAAUUCCAGAAGGGUUGAUAAUGGAGGACAUUCGAGGUUGUUUGACGAUGUGUCUGGCAGGAUUGACGAUCACCAUGAUCCGAAUGAGUUUGAUCGCUUGGGAGGGCACUAUAAUCCUUUCAAUCAGAAUCAUGGGUUUCCACCUCCACCUCCGUCUCGUCUGUUGGGAAGGAGAGACAAUCAUAACCGUGAUAAUUUGGAUUUCAAUGUUGAAAACUUUGAUCAGGUAUCGAGGCAUAGUGCUGAUGGUGCACCUGAGGAAGCCGAGAGGUAUCGUCUGAUUGAAGAACGUCUCAGAGCUGUUGAAGGCAAAGGGGAUAGCUUGGCUGGGGCUUCCUUGGAGUGGUAUGUUCAACUUGAGCGCACUCAUAUUCAUUCUUGGAGAGAUCUUGUGGAGGCUUUCAUUAAGCACUAUCAGUACAACGUUGACAUGGCGCCUAAUCGAACUCAGUUGCAGAGUUUGGUUCAAGGAUCUAAAGAAUCUUUCAAAGAGUACGCUCAGAAAUGGCGUGAGUUAGCCGCAAGAGUUCAGCCACCCAUGACUGAGCGUGAGAUGAUUGAUAUGUUCACAAGUACUCUAUCUGGACACUAUUACUUGGCCUGUAGUGCUUCAGCCAACUUUUCUGAAAUGGUGAGAUAUGGCGAGCGUGUUGAGAUGGGUUUAAAGAUGGGAAAAAUUCAGUUGGGAGCUUCUUCUAAUUCUGCUAGUGGUAAGAAGCAAGCUGAAGGUUAUGCCAGAAGGAAAGAAGGAAAUGCGGAUGCCAUAUAUGGAAGAAGGGGUCCAGGGAGAAGCAAUUCACAGGUUAAUGCUGUCAUGAUUCCAGUACCGCAACAACAACAUCAGCAGGGACAGCGUUCCAAUAAUGAUCGUUAUCCUCCCAGGACCAGGCCUCACAGAAAGAUUGAUCCAAUUCCUAUGACUUAUGCUCAAGUACUGCAACAUUUGCUCAAUAUUGAGAAGAUUACUUUGAGAGAUGCUCCGAAUGCUCCGGACACACAAUCUCCGAAUUAUAAUGCAAAUGCACGAUGUGCUUUCCAUUCAGGUGCCGCUGGUCAUGAUACGGAGAAGUGUAUUGCAUUGAAGAACAAAGUCCAGGACUUGUUGGAUCAAAAGAUAAUUCAGUUCACUCCUACACCCAAUAUUGCCAAUAAUCCGAUGCCUGCUCACGGAGGUUCGGGUGUGAAUGCCAUUGAGAGUGAAGAGAUAAGUGUUAUAUCUGACGUGGGUUGUUUGACCUUCCCUCUCGUGUCUGUGAAGCAACAUCUGAUUAAUAGUGGUAUCUCCCCGGGCUGUGGUAUUGAUUGUGAGAAGUGUAAAAGUCAACCCGAAGGUUGUGAUGACUUGAAAGGUAUGGUACAAAAGCUGAUUGAUGAGGGUCCUCUUCAGUUCUAUCGAAGGUUGAGAAAUGCGAAGGGCAACGACGGUGAAGUGUUUGUGAUCUCAAUUCCUUAUGAGCCUGUUGUUCCGAUAAGUAUCCAAGUGCCUAUUCAGAUGUAUAUUACUAUGGCACGAAGGAAAAAAAACGAGCCAUCUAAAGAGAAGCUUGUUGAGGCCUCAGUUGCAAACACUGAUAAUUUCGCCGGUACUGGUAGAAUUACUCGCAGUGGUAGGGUGUUCUCUCCUCAGCUUGUUCAAAGUAAUGCUGAUGCUCUGGCUAAGGCAAAAGGGAAGCAAGUAGUGACUGAUGUCCAGAAGUCUCCAACUCAGAAUGGGGCACCUGAUAGUGCUGUGUCUUCCAAGGAUGUGGAGGAACUGUUGAGAAUUAUCAGGAAGUCUGAUUACAAGGUUGUUGAGCAGUUGGAGGCGGUAGCCAAUAACAUCUCCGCUGGGAAUGGUUUGGGAUUUACAGAUUGUGAUCUUCCUCCUGAGGGGAGAAACCACAACAAGGCGUUGCAUAUUUCAAUGGAGUGUAAGGGGACGACUUUGUCUCGUGUGUUGGUUGAUACUGGUUCUUCCUUGAAUGUGCUUCCCAAAUCGGCCCUUAUGAGAAUUGACUAUGCUGGUGUUGAGUUGAGGCCCAAAUUACGCUAUUUGCGUUCGAAUCCAUGGCUCCUUGGUGAUUAUGUGUGCAAUAUUGUUAACAUUCAUGCAUGUGUCUUGCGAUACACUCCAAGUGUUCGUUUAAAUGCUUGUGUAGAAUUUUUGCUUGAUAAUGGCCUAGUUUAA